AUGUCUCCGAUGUCCUACUGGGCGAUGUCCGGUCAACCAAUGUUCAACUAUAUGACAGUCUCCCAACAUCCAGAGAAGAAAAUUCCAAUGCACCAGGAAAGAGGAUUCCUCCGCAUCAAACCAGGUACAAAUGAGCUUGCAUUAAUUGUAAGCCAUAAUUUCGGACUCGCGUCUCUGGAAGAAGGGCUUUGCGACCCGGUGAAAAAGGAAUUGACCUUGGAAACUGUAGAGGUCACCAGAAUCUCUUUCGCUAAGCCACCAUUUGUCAAGAAGUAUAAGAGAAUUUUUAAGUUAUUAAGCCCGGAUACAUUGGAACUAACAUUAUUUAUGGAAACAGAUAAGACUCCUUUGACUGAGCAUUUGAAGGCUGUUUAUAAGAAAGUCGAAUAA